UCAUUACAUGACAAAAUCCCAACUCCCACGUAUGGACAAAACCCUGAAGAAAAAUUCAUCGGAAGUAGCCCACUCUCUUCCUCUCCUUUAUAUCACAUCUCUUACUCUGCCUCUCCCCUCUAUCGAUCUACCUGAAGAAAAAGGCAGAACAAGGGACAUCAAGGGAGGAUUAGACCUUUUUGUAGCUAUGAAAGAGAAUUCUCCCAGGCACUCUCACCACUAUUGGAUCGUUUGCCAAUGCCAAGGUACGUACCUUUCUCUCUGCUGAUUUUCUGAUUCCUAUUUGUCUCUCCUUUUUGUUCACUCUUUCUCGACUUAAUUUGUACACAUCCUUUUUCUUUCACUCAAUUUUUCUUUGCCCAUUAUGCAAUUCACUGAAACCCCACCACCGCACUGGCACCAAAUCAUCACUCCAUUUUCAAAUCCCACCAUUAAAAUAAACCAAACUCAAAGGACCCGUCCCUGGCCUGGAUUCCCUACAUCAAAAUCCUUAGGAAGCUUUGGAGAUGCUAAUUGCAUGGAGCAGCUUUUAGUCCACUGUGCAAAUGCAAUUGAAAGUAACAAUGCCACUUUAUCCCAACAGAUCCUAUGGGUCCUAAACAACAUUGCACCACCGGAUGGAGAUUCAAAUCAACGCCUAACUUUUGCUUUCCUAAGAGCCCUUAUCGCACGUGCAACCAAAAGUUGUACAUGCAAACUUCCUGCUGCGAUGGCAAAUGCUCACUACAACCUAGCCUUACACACACAUAAAUUCUCUGUCAUUGAGCUUGCUAGCUUUGUUGACGUAACCCCAUGGCAUCGUUUCGGUUUCACGGCAGCAAAUGCUGCAAUUUUAGAAGCUGUUGAAGGGUAUUUAGUUAUUCACAUUGUAGAUUUAAGCUUGACACAUUGCAUGCAAAUUCCAACUCUUAUCGAUGCUAUUGCUAAUCGGUUUGAGGUGCCCCCAUUAAUUAAGCUUACUGUUGCUGGUGCCACUGAGGAUGUACCACCUAUGCUUGAUCUUUCUUAUGAAGAGUUGGGCUCAAAGUUGGUCAACUUUGCUUGGUCACGAAACGUAAUAAUGGAAUUUAGAAUCAUUCCUUCAAGUUAUGCAGAUGGGUUCUCUUCCUUGAUCGAGCAGCUUCGAGUGCAACAUUUAGUGUAUGCAGAAAGUGGUGAGGCACUAGUCAUAAACUGUCAUAUGAUGCUUCAUUACAUACCUGAAGAAACCCUUUCUGAUUUUCCUAGUUCAAAAUCAAAUCCUUAUUCUUACGAAUCUUCAUGUUCCUCUAUGUCCUCUUUUAGGACAACGUUUCUCAAGUCUCUAAGGAGUUUAGACCCUACAAUUGUUGUCUUAGUAGAUGAAGAUGCAGAUUUAACAUCAAACAAUUUGGAGAGUAGACUAAGGUCAGCUUUCAAUUAUCUAUGGAUACCUUUUGAUACAGUGGAUGCAUUUCUUCCAAGGGGUAGUAAGCAAAGACAGUGGUAUGAAGCUGAUGUAUGCUGGAAGAUUAUGAAUUUAAUAGCACAUGAGGGUCUGCAAAGAGUGGAGCGACUUGAACCGAAAAUCCAGUGGAUUCAGCGGAUGAGAAAUGCAGACUUUCGAGGCAUUUCAUUCGCAGAAGAUGCGAUUUCUGAAGUUAAGACCAUGCUUGAUGAGCAUGCAGCAGGAUGGGGACUGAAGAAGGAAGAUGUUGAUCUUGUACUCACCUGGAAAGGACAUAAUGUUGUAUUUGCCAGUGCUUGGUUGCCUGUUUAAAUCUUCUUCAUAUCGGUUCUAUAAAUAAUUUGUUAUCUGAUGCUUUCUAUAAUCUUACUGGAGGUAGUCUCUAAUUUAACUUUCUUAGCUAUAUCAUGAGCAUAUUGGGACCUGAUUUAAUUUCAAUAAUUGAUUAUUUGUUGAUA